CGACACUCGAGCGAAAGAGACAAGAUGGGCCACCAGCAGCUCUACUGGAGUCACCCCCGAAAAUUCGGUCAGGGAUCCCGAUCCUGCCGGGUAUGCUCGAACAGACAUGGUCUGAUCCGUAAAUAUGGGCUCAACAUGUGCCGCCAGUGCUUCAGGCAGUACGCUAAAGACAUCGGUUUCGUCAAGCUGGACUAAAUGUCACGUCAUCAGAUUGGUCCGGUGAUCUCUGGGAGGCGGGCCAAGAUGGGAUAAUUUAGCACUGCAAAUAAAUGUGUUUUUUUGUCCAA